UAUUAAAUGUCCAAAUUUAAAUUUAAAUGACAAAACCAAAUCGAAAUGAAACGGAAAGUCAUGGAGGAGGGGCAGGGAAGCUCGGAACCGGAGGCAAACUAUAUGGAGAUCAAGACCACCGCCGACUCUAUCGACAGCUCAAUGAUCUUCCAUGCCAUUAACGAAGUCUCCGGAUUCCUUCUCUACACGUACCAACAAAUCCCUUACGUGUUGCAGGAUAUCACUCUCGAAUUCAAGAAAUGGUGUAAAGAGUAUAGUAAAUUGGAAACGGAUCUUGCACAAAUUCAAGGGACGGGAGUGUUGCGAAGAAAGCACGCUAGUGAAAUGAGAGAGAUAAAAUAUGAAAUUAGACGAUUCGAGAAGCUGAUACGCACCAUUUCUGAUUUCCAAACUGCGCUUAAGCUUAUGAUCAGUGAAGUUCCUAACUUUCAAGCAGCCAUUUUGGUCCUUGGCGCUACUCCAUUAAGACCCCGAGCUGUUUACGAGUUUUCCUUUCCCAAUCACCACUCUGCUUCUGUUGUCACAGCGCCUGAUUUCGCCAAAACCAGAGCAGCAGAAGUGCUGGCAAAGAAGGCUAUUCGGGGGUUGAUCUCAAAGCGUGUUGGAUCUGGUUCUUAUCCUGGCAUAUCUAAGCUGUUUCUACUGGUUAAAGCUCCCUCUUCAAUGAACUUACCCCUUCAUUUUGUUCCCAAACGUGAUUUCAGAUAUAGCAAAAAGGUUGUGCCGUUCAUAGUGCGGUUUAAGUGUAGAACCCAAGCUUGCAAAGAAAUGGAUGCUAAUGAUCUUGAGCUUCAUACUGAAAGCUCUACUGAGACCGCUCCAAAUGAAUUAAUCUGGUUCCAGUGUCGACAUGUGAUUAAGGGUCUAGCGUUCAACACACAAACGGAAGAAUGAGGAUACAUAUACUCAUUUCAUUAUUGUGAGAUGGGAUUUUCGGAUCAAGCAAGGGCUUUCAUUAGCACUUGUUUGUUAUGCAGAUCUCAUUACCUGCAUGCUUUGAGCCUUCAUCGUACUCAGUCAGGCUCGAGAAUGGAAAAUUUAGCUGGACUAAAGUACAAAGUUUUAAAUGAGGUAUUGUGGUUCCAAAUGACUUGUAAAGAAUCCUCAUAAUUGUCUUAUGCUCUUUUUGUUAAAAAUAUGUAUGCAUUGCAUUGCGAUUUUGUAUUCCCUACAAACAGUCACCUCAAGUAUAUCAUUAAUUUUGGAGUAAAAAGGACAAGUCGUUUGUAUUGCUAAUGUAGUAAUAUAACAAAUUGAUACAAAAA